AGUAAAGGAAGACAACUCGAAUCGAACUCAAUACUUGACUUCCGUGUAAGCAAAAGGAUGGCACAACAGCAAGAAGAAUGGGAAGUUAUGAAAGUUUUCGAACAAUUUCGUGGAAAAAGUCUUGAUGAUGUAAAGAAGUACAUGAGCCAGUUUGAUAGUGAGACGGAUUUCUUAAAGACGAUCAAAUUAACGGACAAUCCAGUGAAAAAGGACCGAGACUUAUUAAAUGCCGCUGUUGCACAUGCUAAGAAAUUGUCUAUUCCGUUGACUGAUGGUGGCACAAAAAGACAGGACAUGAGCAAAACAUUGGGAGCAUACCCAUCAAAGGACAUGAACCCAACUCUGGGAGAAAAGCAAUCUGUAAAAAGAUCGCCCGGUCAGCAGCGUCAUGUCAAUACCAUAAAUGUAACGGGAUCUGCUGAUAACAAAGAUUUUCCGGAAGGGAAGGCAACACCGCCAGUAGAUGGAAAACGACUGAAGGAGCUGAAGGAAAAAGAUGGUGAAAUUCAAAAACUUCAUGAUGAAGGGAAGGUAACUCCGCCAGUAGAUGGAAAACGACUGAAGGAGCUGAAGGAAAAAGAUCGUGAAAUUCAACAACUUCAUGAUGAAUAUAGAAAUCUAACAUUAUUGAUGGAAGAAAGAAAUGGGUUUUGGAGCCAGCAGGAGGAAAAAAUGGAGAAGCUUUCGGAAAAAAAUAGUGAUUUAGAAAAACACAUUAAGAGUCUUGAAGAAGAGAAAAAACACUUAGAAGAUCGUCUAGGUAAGGAACAUGCACAAAGUGUGCAUCUCGAUGGAUUCUGUAGGGAUUUAGAAAAAGAACUGAAAAGGCAGUACAAAGAAAAAGAACAGAUUAAUAAAGAUCACCAGAGACAGCUAAAUGAGAUACGGGAAGAAAGAGAUGAACUUAAAAGCAGAUUCAGCAAGCUGGCCGGUGACAAAUUGCAUGAUAAUAAUGCCGACAUUGCUGACCUGAGCGACCCCAACAGAGCCAUGAAAUUGUCAGAGAAAUUUGGUCAGCUCUACGAUGACCAAUGGACAGAUGCUUUUGAGGAGAUGAUGAAAAACAAAAACAUAAAAGGAACUCAGAAGGAGGCGACGGUUUUCUUGAUUGAGAUGCUACAAAAAGCAUUCGACUUUUGUGAAACCACUGCUAAUAAUCACUUUGAACGGCUGAAAGAAGUUGUUCUCAGUCCGUUUGGGAAAUCGGACACUAAAGCCAGAGUGAAAUCCAGAGAAGAACGAAUGCUUAAAGACGCCCGAAGACAGAUCGCAGCUUACGAUAGCGUUAUUGAUGAAAUCAAAAAGGGCUUCAUUUCGACUCUGACCGACCCUAAAAUCAAGGAGCACGUCCGAAUCACCAAGCCGUUCCUGGAGCUCAGUGUGGAGAUAUGCUGGAUGAUGGUGCUUCAUGAACCACCGCUGUACAUGGACAUGAGUGUCAGAAUCGGCGAACCAUUCGACACUAACAAAUACACAUCCAACACAGCCUCCGGAAAGACUGUGGAAUUUCUAGUUUGGCCUCCAUUGUUCAACGGUAAAGGAGGAGGUCUACUUUCUAAAGGAGUCGUGUCGACGCAGAAGAUAAUCGGCAGGAAAUAAGAACAUAUUUAGAGUUUACAAGGAACGUUUGCCUUUAAAAAGAACGACAUAGUUUUAAAAUACGCGUUUAGAUAAACUCAUUUAUGUGAUGUUGAUUUUCUUUACUUUAUGGUAUUGAUGAAGCAUCCUUACACGUGAGGUAUGUGGUAUUGUAACAGUGGAUCAUUUUAGUACUAUUUGUUAUCAUAUUUGAAACGUUCCGUAGAGUGAAUGAUUGUUUUUGUUUAUUUACUAUUCUUGAUUUUUUAAAGCAUUGUUAUAUUUUUGACAGAACCAUAACGCCUUAGAUGACAUGAGCAAGCACAUAACUACUACAUUCUCGAACCAGUCGAGAGAAUCGUGGUUAUCUUUCCACCAUGCUUGCCCAAUUCCCAUGCAUAACCUUUGUAUAUGAACGUAAACAAUGUUAUAUUGGACUGUUUCUUUUUCUCUGUUGUUUCCUUGAUCAUAUAAUGUGUAAAUGGAUCUUCAUGCAAUAAAAUAUGAUUAAAUUAAAGUUUCA